AUGAAUCGAUCAUUGCUCCGUGCAGCUUCACGCCACCUCCAGUCGGCAAGCCACGUGCACAAGACGCCCACAGCUUCACUUAAUGCGCCAAUGCGCGGUUUCGCGACCGCCUUCAACUGGGAAGAUCCUCUGGCUGCAUCGGAGCUAUAUACGGAGGAGGAAUUGGCGAUUCAGGACACAGCGCGACAGUAUUGCCAAGAGCGCUUGUUACCCCGAGUUCUCGAUGCUUAUCGAAACGAGAACUAUGAUCGCAGAAUACUGGAAGAAAUGGGCGAACUGGGUCUUCUUGGCGCCAGCAUUGAGGGUUAUGGUUGUGCAGGUGCCAGCACUGUUGCGUCGGGCCUGAUCACUAAGGAGGUUGAACGGGUAGAUUCCGGAUACCGAUCAGGGAUGUCCGUGCAGAGCUCGCUGGCGAUGACGGCCAUCUACGAGUUUGGAACCCAGGAGCUAAAGGAUAGAUUUCUACCAGGGCUGGCCAAGGGAAAGAUUGCUGGUUGUUUUGGUCUUACAGAACCUAAUCAUGGCUCAGACCCUGGUUCUAUGGAAACGGUUGCACGAGAGCAUCCUACUAAGAAGGGCUAUUACUCGCUCUCCGGCACGAAGACUUGGAUUACUAACUCCCCCAUCUCCGAUAUCAUGAUAGUGUGGGCCAAACUGGAGAGCACAGGUAAGAUCCGCGGGUUUGUGGUGGAACGUGACCAAUGCCCUCCAGGCACCGUGGAGACUCCGGCUAUCAAGAAUAAGACCGCCUUACGGGCGUCUAUCACCGGUAUGAUUCAGUUGGACGACUGCCCGGUUCCAAAAGAGAAUAUGUUCCCCGAUGUUGAAGGUCUCACUGGGCCUUUCACCUGUCUUAACAGUGCUCGACUAGGAAUUGCCUUUGGAGCCAUGGGGGCUCUUGAGGACUGCCUUAGCCGCGCCCGGACCUAUGCCCUGGAGCGGAAGCAGUUCAAGGGCAACCCUCUGGCGAAGUAUCAAUUAAUCCAGAAGAAGUUGGCGGAUGCUGCCACAGAUGCUGCUUAUGGAACGCUGGCAGCGACCCAGGUUGCUAGACUCAAGGACGAAGGCAAAUCUACCCCUGAAAUGAUUUCCAUGGUUAAAAGACAGAACUGUGACCGCGCCCUGGCCAACUCUCGGAUUCUGGAUUAUGGUACUGAUCUUAACCAUGCGAUAGACUUCAAGAAGUUUUCGGCGGAAAUGCAACCAGCGAUGAAUACCAUAUCGGCCGGCAUGGGCCCGGUGCUAAUGAUUGGUGUAGCAUUGAUUCUGGGGCGCGCCAUCACUGGAGUCCAGGCUGAUCCCCCCUCUUCCUGCUCCGCUGGACCUCUAGGUGAAGACCUGUUCCACUGGCAAGCUACUAUUAUGGGUCCUGGUGACUCUCCAUACUCGGGAGGCGUUUUCUUCCUAACAAUCCACUUCCCUACCGACUACCCAUUCAAGCCGCCUAAGGUCAACUUCACCACUCGUAUCUACCACCCCAACAUCAACUCCAACGGCAGCAUCUGUCUCGACAUUCUUAGAGAUCAAUGGAGUCCUGCUCUCACAAUCUCUAAAGUGCUGCUGUCUAUCUGUUCGAUGCUUACAGACCCCAAUCCAGACGACCCAUUGGUGCCUGAAAUUGCGCAUGUGUACAAGACUGACCGCCCUCGGUAUGAAGCGACCGCCCGCGAAUGGACCCGGAAAUAUGCUAUCUGA